AUGACUGCGAUUGUUGCGCGUGCGCCUCUUCAGCCUCUGCCUAUGUCAUCAGCUCAGCGACCUCCGCGAAGACUUAGCGCGCGUCUUCAGGAGAGAGAGCCUUCCUAUUCAGACAAACAUGACCCCGCCCAAGAGCAGCAGAAUCCAGCCCUGCAUGGAAAGAGCAACGCGAAAAAGCGCAAGACAGCGUACGAGGAAGAAGACGAUGGUUUCAUGUUCAGCCGGGUGAAAAAGCGGAAGCAAAAAGAUGCACCAAAGCCAGCUCCCAUUCCCGAAGAUGCGCCUGCCGACGAUGCCGCGGUGCAAAAACCAUCAGAGAUACGAUCGACCCCGGCGACGUCCACUCAGACUGUCAAGGAUGAUGGGAAUCAUGAAACUGGGAAGAGUCGUCAUACGAAGAAGAUGUCCUUUUCAACUCCCGAUCCAUCGGAGAAGCAGCCGGUACGACGAUCGAAGCGGCUUUCAGACGAGCCGAAAGCGACUAGUCCACAGCACAAAACACGUCGGAAAGACCCCGUAGCCCGUCCGCAGGCUGCAUCAGACGUCGAGAAACCAAAGGAGCACUCGCCUCUACGCAUUGCCAAAAAGAGGAAGGCGGCGAACGAAACGGACGGGGCGCCAGCAUCACACCGUGAGGAACCAGCCAGUGACGAUCAGCACUCGGCAACCAAAAUCGCUCUUCCAUUUGCAGACACUCCGGUAAUCAGAAGGAACAAGGAGAUGAGAGAAAACAAAGGCAAGAAGGGAGAGCGGCGCAGCAGCAUGAGUCUCAGAGGACGAAGGGCAAGCUCUCUCAUUGAGUCGGGCAACUCUAAUGCACUGCCACAUGAUGAAGUCGAGGUAGCCGAUUUCUACAAACACAUCGAAAGCGACGGACUUCCCGAACCAAGACGAAUGCGCCAACUCUUAACAUGGUGUGCUACGCGGUCACUUGAUCAAAAGCCCAUGGGCGCUAGUUUUGAGGAAUCAAGCGCCAUCGCAGCAGCCCGAGUCAUUCAGGAGGAACUGCUCAAAGAUCUCGCCAAUAAGUCGGAAUUGUCCGACUGGUUUUCUAGAGAAGAAGUGCCUGAAGCCCCCAAGGCGUUACCAGAGCGGCCCAAUCCCAAAAAUAUGCAGAACGCGGAGAAAAUUGCCGAACUAGAGCAGCAGAUACAACGUUUGAGAAUAGAGCGAGAUGCCCUCGAAAGUCUGAUGAGGCCUCCAUCGGCCCCAGAGAUGCCCAAGAUGAAACGUUUGAACACGUCACUGCUCGAUUCUAAUGAAGCUGCCACGUACGAACAGCUGCAGUCGACAGCUUCUUCAAGCAGUAUUGCCUCGAGAGUGGAAUCCAUAUUCAGCAGUCUGGAACCCAAGGUCGAUGCUUUUGCCGACCAUGUGCACAAGAUCGCACAAUAUCGAGAUGCUGCAGACAAUGUCGCCAGCAGAGCGCUAGCAAUAUCAGCAGAGAAGCUAGUUGAGAGAGAAAGAGAGAGUAGACGGCGAGCGCAACCUGAGGACCGGGAACGAAGUCCAAGGAGAGACCUGGGCAAUGUGCUACGAGGCCUCAGCCGGGCUGACCGGUAA